UCUCAACUUUUGUUAUUUCGUUAUUCAAGAGGAACUUGUAUCUUCUGGCGUUUUUGCUCAACGUUGAUAUUUGUAUCUGUACGUCUCUGUCUAUUUCUGGAUCUUCGUCUUAUGCACUGUUAAAUCAGCCAUUUACCUUGACGUGUACAGUGUCACAAGCUGCUGGUCUCGGUGAUCUUGUACGAUUCUUUACAAACAAAUUACCAAAUGAAGCCUUUGUUAUCCUCAGUCAAAAUAUGGGCUCGUGUUCUGUGUUCAGUCCUCCUAAUGAACCACUGAAGUACUCUACAUCCUGUGGACGUGGAACAGACAGCAGCUCGUCCUCCACUAAGAGGUAUCACCUGAGGAUCAACACAGCUGCAGAACGUGAUGCUACAGACUGGUGGUGUGACCUGAGUACAUCUGCAACACGCAGCAACACGUUUAGGCUGCAGAUCAGCAGUGGUCCAGACUCUAUUACAUUCAGUCCACCAUCACCUGGGCCUGUAGCAGAAGGAGAAAGUCUGACUGUGAUGUGUGCUGCUAGUUGUAAUCCACCAUGUUCCUAUUCCUGGACUCUGAGAAACCAGCCGAUCUCAUCAACCUCUCAGUUAACACUGGCAAGCAUCAACAGAAGUCAGACAGAGAGUGUGUAUACGUGUAAUGCGACCAACUCAUUUUUAUCAAAAUCUGAAACUGAACAGUUCACACUGACAGUAAAUUUAUUCCAUUUUCAGUCAAAUCUCAUUACAUCUGCCAUGGCAGCAAAAGGGAAUAUCAGUACGGUGGAGAAGGGAUGGGAGAUGGGAGGCUCUAGUCCGUGCAAUAAUUUUGAAUAA